UCGCGCCUGCUUUCCCAUUCCUCUUCCGCCAUCCCGCGAGGCCGCGACGCGUCAUCGUCGUCACAGAGCAGACGCGCCCCACGGGCGUGAUUCGCUUUCGAACCGCACUCACUUCCUCCCCUCUUCCCUCCCUCUCCUCUGCGGCUUCUCGCCACCCUCUGCUUUCCCCAUCCCCCUUUCUCCAACCUCCCCUCCCCGUUCCGCUCCCAAUCCAUGGACUCGGCGGAUCGCUCCCCGCCGGUGGCGGACGAGCGGCGGCCGCGCCCGUCCCUCUUCUCGCCGUACCAGACGCCCCGCUUCCGCCUCGCCCACCGGGUGGUGCUGGCGCCGAUGACCCGGUGCAGGGCGCCCCGCGCGGUCCCGGGGCCCGCGCUCGCGGAGUACUACGAGCAGCGGUCCACGGAGGGCGGCCUGCUCAUCUCCGAGGGCACCAUCAUCUCGCCGGCCGGCCCGGGCUUCCCUCGUGUCCCUGGGAUAUACAAUCAAGAGCAGAUCGAUGCAUGGAAAAAGGUAGUUGAUGCUGUUCAUGCCAAGGGAGCCAUCUUUUUCUGCCAACUGUGGCAUGUAGGCCGGGCUUCUCAUCAAGUAUAUCAGCCAGGCGGUGCUGCUCCAAUAUCCUCGACCGAUAAGCCAAUAUCAUCAAGGUGGAGGAUACUGAUGCCUGAUGGCUCCUAUGGCAAGUAUCCAACGCCGCGGCGCCUUGCCACAUCCGAGAUACCUGAAAUAGUCGAACAAUACCGUCAGGCAGCGGUUAACGCCAUUAAAGCAGGUUUCGAUGGCAUUGAGAUCCAUGGCGCUCAUGGCUACCUAAUCGACCAGUUCCUCAAGGACGGCAUCAACGACCGGACCGACGAGUACGGUGGCUCACUCUCCAACCGCUGCCGGUUCCUCCUGGAAGUGACCCGUGCUGUGGUCUCCGCGAUCGGGGCAGACCGUGUCGCCGUCCGGGUGUCACCAGCCAUCGACCACCUCGACGCCAACGACUCCAACCCCCUUCAGCUCGGCCUGGCCGUGGCGGACCGUCUCAACGCCCUCCAGCAUGAGGCCGGGCGUCUGGCCUACCUCCACGUGACGCAGCCGCGGUACACGGCGUACGGGCAGACAGAGUCCGGCCAGCAUGGGACCGCCGAGGAGGAGAGCCGGAUGAUGCGCGCACUCCGCCGCGCGUACCGGGGCACAUUCAUGUGCAGCGGCGGGUACACGCGGGAGCUCGGGGUGGAGGCCGUGGAGUCCGGGGACGCCGACCUGGUGUCGUUCGGGCGGCUGUUCAUCGCCAACCCGGACCUGGUGGAGCGGUUCCGGCGCGACGCGCCGCUGAACAGGUACGUGCGGAAGACGUUCUACACGCCGGACCCCGUCGUCGGGUACACGGACUACCCGUUCCUCGACCAGCCUAAGGCGCGCAUGUGAUUAUUAGUAGUUGGUAAAUUAUUAGAGGAGCAUUGUUGAUUGUGUAAUGUGGACUGGAGAAAAUAAGCAAACACGUCGUGAUAGCCGUGAUUGUUACGUGUUGCCAAUAUCCAGUGCAGCAGACUGUAUCUUGCCAAUAUCCCUGGUUGUAUGUUAUACUAACCGUCUUCAAACA